AUCACCUCUCUUUGUACUUACCCACCGUAAGAAAGCCACUGAUACCCAAAAUUUCUAACCUAAAAAUCUCGCUUACUCAUUCCUCUUCCAAAACUUUUUAUAUCCGAUUUCUCUCUUUCAAUCAUCUACUGUUAUCCCCCAAAAACUACAGAUUCUUUCCUCUUCCAAAGUUUUUGAUAUCUGAUUUCUCUCUUUCAAUCAUCCAAAAUCUCUUUCUUCUUUAUACAAUACAGAAGAAAUUCGAAAAUUUGUUCUACAAUUAAGUUGUGGAACUAACAAUGGGUAAGACAUCUUUGCUUGAAUAUGUGAGAAAAUAUUCUGGAAAAUCUGUUGUUGAUACACUAACAGGUAACACAGCAGUUCGAAUAUCACCCCGAAAAUAUUAUAAAAAAGUUAUGGGUGAAACACCUAGUUUUGACUUAGGUGUAUUUUCACAAGAAGAAAAAAUCAAAAAAUCGAAUUCUAGGCAUGCAAUACCUGUAGUGAUUGAUGAAGGUUCGGUUUCUAAGAGGAAUGGUAAGGCACUUCGAGAUGAUUUUGAAGAGGAAGAAUUGGUAUUAAAAGCAAGAAAGAGGAGUAAAGUUAAUCACGAUACUAAAUCAAAAGAGAAUAAUAAGAUUGAUCCGGAUUUCGGCUCUCGUAAAGAUGAAUCUGAUCACAAGAGACAAAAGUUCUUUGUCAUGGAAGGUGUGAAAUGUGGUGUGACUCAUUGGCAAUCAUAUACAGAUGUUGAAGUACUGGAACACAGCAAGGAAAAUUUGCCAAGUGAGCAAUUAAAUUUGUUUAGGGAGUCAUGCUUUGGAUACUUCCUCGAUUUGCCCCCUAAUAUAUGUACACAACAUCAAAUGAUUAAUGUAUUGAUGAAAAGGGAGAUGAAUGACUAUUGUGCUGACAUUUUCUCUGUAGAGAUCAACAGUCAGAGGUUGAAUUUUGGUUUGCAUGAAUUUGGUAUAGUUACUUGUCAGGAUAAUGACCGGCACUUAGGAAUAACUGUCCCCAAGUAA